CUGAAGAAGAAGGUGAACGUGUUCCUACGGUGGUCGAUCUUCGGUGUUUACUUUUUUAAGCGACGACAUCCAAAAUCAACUCUUAUAUACGACAAACAAUUGACGGAACGCUCCUGUGGAGCUACAGGGCUUGGAUACUUACUCCGAAAUUGCAAACACGACAAAACCAAGAUCGCGAGUUCACGUUUAAGUGCAUCUGCGAAGUUGCACAAGCCGCCAUAUUUAUUGUUUCAUGAACAUUAUGAAGGAAAUGGCUGAAAUUACAGAUAUAACAGGUUUAGCAGAGUUGGCACACAGAGAAUACCAGGCUGGAGAUUAUGAAAACUCGGAACAACAUUGCAUGCAGUUAUGGAGACAGGAACCAGACAACACUGGAGUAUUACUACUACUCAGUUCUAUACACUUCCAGUGUCGCAAACUGGAAAGGUCAGCAUAUUUCAGUCAGUUGGCUAUCAAACAAAAUCCGCUUUUAGCAGAGGCUUACUCUAAUUUGGGAAAUGUGUAUAAGGAAAGAGGACAACUCCAGGAAGCUUUGGAAAACUACAGACAUGCUGUCCGAUUAAAGCCAGAUUUCAUUGAUGGCUACAUUAACUUGGCUGCUGCAUUGGUAGCAGCUGGAGACAUGGAGCAGGCUGUGCAGGCUUAUGUGACUGCUCUACAGUAUAACCAUGAAUUGUAUUGUGUUCGAAGCGACCUUGGCAAUCUUCUGAAGGCACUGGGAAGACUUGAUGAAGCCAAGGCAUGCUAUUUGAAGGCCAUAGAAACACAACCUAACUUUGCCGUGGCCUGGAGCAAUCUGGGAUGUGUGUUCAAUGCUCAGGGAGAAAUCUGGUUGGCCAUUCACCAUUUUGAGAAGGCAGUGGCUCUAGAUCCCAAUUUUCUGGAUGCCUAUAUCAAUUUGGGGAAUGUUUUAAAAGAAGCGAGGAUAUUUGACAGGGCUGUGGCAGCUUAUCUGAGGGCAUUGAACUUAAGUCCAAAACAUGCAGUAGUUCACGGAAACCUGGCAUGUGUCUACUACGAACAGGGAUUAAUAGAUCUGGCUAUAGAUACAUACAAGAGAGCCAUUGAACUGCAGCCAAAUUUUCCAGAUGCUUACUGUAACUUGGCUAAUGCAUUGAAGGAAAAGGGAAAGGUGCCAGAAGCAGAGGAAUGUUACAACACUGCUCUCAAGUUGAGUCCAACACAUGCAGAUUCCUUAAACAACUUGGCCAAUAUUAAAAGGGAGCAGGGCAAUACAGAAGAGGCUGUAAAACUCUACCUCAAUGCCUUAGAGGUGUAUCCGGAGUUUGCUGUGGCACACUCUAACUUAGCCAGUGUGUUGCAACAACAGGGAAAACUCCAUGAAGCCUUGACCCAUUACAAGGAAGCUAUUAGAAUAUCACCAACAUUUGCCGAUGCAUACUCCAAUAUGGGUAACACACUGAAGGAGAUGCAGGACAUCCAGGGGGCGCUACAGUGUUACACGCGUGCUAUACAGAUCAACCCUGCCUUUGCUGAUGCUCACAGUAACCUUGCAUCAAUACACAAGGAUUCUGGAAACAUCCCUGAGGCGAUAUCUUCCUACAGAACAGCCCUGAAGCUGAAACCAGACUUUCCUGAUGCCUACUGUAACCUUGCCCACUGUCUGCAGAUCGUUUGUGACUGGACAGACUAUGGUGUGAGGAUGAAGAGACUGGUAAGAAUUGUUCAGGACCAGUUGGAGAAAAAUCGUCUGCCUUCAGUACAUCCCCACCACAGUAUGUUGUACCCACUCACACACCAGAUGAGGAAAAACAUUGCUGCACGACAUGCCAACCUGUGUCUCGAUAAAAUAAAUGUGUUGCACAAGCCAGCAUAUGAUCACGUGCAGGACACAAGAGCUAGUAGUGGACGACUGAGGAUAGGUUAUGUCAGUUCUGACUUUGGUAACCAUCCAACAUCUCACCUGAUGCAGAGUAUUCCAGGCUUCCAUGACCGGAAAAAUGUAGAGGUAUACUGCUACUCUUUGAGCCCUGAUGAUGGAACAACUUUCAGAGCAAAACUGUCUAGAGAAGCACACCACUUUAUUGAUCUGUCUCAGAUACCAUGCAAUGGUAAAGCUGCAGACAGGAUCCAUGCUGAUGGCAUUCACAUCCUUGUUAACAUGAACGGCUACACCAAGGGAGCUAGGAAUGAACUGUUUGCCCUGAGGCCUGCACCUGUACAGGUGAUGUGGCUGGGUUAUCCAGGGACCAGUGGGGCAUCCUUCAUGGACUACAUUCUUACUGACAAGGUCACAUCUCCUCUCAAUCUUGCUGACCAGUACUCAGAGAAGCUUGCUUACAUGGCCGAUACAUUCUUUGUGGGUGACCACAAACAGAUGUUCCCUCAUCUAACGGACAAAGUGUUGGAGGAGGUGAAUGGUGAAGCGUCUGACAAUAACAUUGUCUACAAUGGUGUUGACUUGGAGCCUCUGAUGAACACUGGAGAAGUGAAGUGGAUGACAACCUACUGUGAGAAAGGGUCUACAACUGAUGAGGCUGAUGGAUCACGUGGCAUGGUUACAUUCAAGACCAUGAACCUAGAAGUGUCACCGGUUCUAGAGGCCAUGAUAAUGAACAGCAUGCCUCUCUCCUAUAUCAAAAAUGUCACUAUUCAGAACGGUGUCACUACUAACCAGACAAACAACAAGUCUGCAACAGGAGAGGAGGUGCCUUCAAACAUCAUCAUCACUGCUCGCAGUCAGUAUGGUCUACCUAGUGAUGCGGUGGUGUACUGUAAUUUCAACCAGCUGUACAAGAUUGAUCCAGCCACACUAGACAUGUGGGUGGAGAUCCUCAAGCGUGUGCCAAACAGUGUUCUGUGGCUGCUUCGCUUCCCUGCUGUAGGGGAACCCAAUGUUAUAAAGGCUGCCAUCAAUGCAGGACUUGGUCCAAAACGAAUCAUAUUUUCACCUGUAGCACCAAAGGAGGAGCAUGUACGUCGUGGCCAAUUGGCAGAUGUAUGUCUGGACACGCCCCUCUGUAAUGGACACACAACUGGCAUGGAUGUCCUAUGGGCUGGAACUCCCAUGAUAACCCUCUCAGGAGAGACACUUGCCUCAAGGGUAGCCUCUUCACAGCUGGUUACAUUAGGUUGUCCUGAACUAGUUGCCGAGACUCGUGAAGAUUACAUUAAUACUGCUGUCAGGCUUGGUACAGAAAAAGAAUAUCUGAGAGGGAUGAGGGCCAAGGUGUGGAAGGCCAGACUAUCAAGUCCUCUAUUUAACUGUCAACACUACGCCAGCAACAUGGAGACCCUGUACCGCAAGAUGUGGCAGAGGUACGAAGAGGGACUGGAGCCUGAUCACCUCUCAUCCAACUGAGUUGCUGUCAUAAAUUUUGUGUGUGUUUGUACAACACCAUCACACUUUGGAGAAUGAGGGAUGAAAGUAACACUUCUGUUAACAACUCCAGAUGUUGUUGCAGUGAUCUCAUCUUCUUAAUUGUUGCAGUCAGUGUUUUCUAUCCAAAUGUCAAAUUUCUAAGAACUAUUUACUGAAAAUAAUUCAAAAACUGUAAACUACAAAAAAUUAUCAAGUGAUUUACAUAUUGUUUUUGUGUUGGCUCAUUGUGUUAACUACAUAAUAAAGAAAAAAAAACUACUGGUUAACAUAAGGUACAGAACUCUAAAACGACCGAAUUACUGGAUAUUGUUUAAUUCUUAGAAGUUCAACUUUAAAUGAAUUAUACCAUAUGAAUGCAUAUAUAUUGAGUUGUAGAUGGAAGAUAUCCAUCAACUACAUGUAAUUCACAAGGUGAACAUUUUUUGGUUCUCGCACAGAGACUGUUUAUGCAUUACCUGGUUGAAAUGGUGUAGCCAGCACAGAACUAUCCACAAUAACACCUGCACUGAAUGUUGGAAAUCUUAUUUAUAUAAAAAUGAACCAAUAUGCAUACUGAAUAUCAUCACAUUUCCAGAAAUAUGUAAGUGCACCAACCCUGGUUUAUGGAGAAAUCAUAUUCAGCCAGUUAUUUUGUACAGGUUUGGCUGGAUCCUGAAACUACAUUUGGGGAGUAUUCUGUUGUCCAGCCUCAGUCCUGAUAUGUGCUUAGCUUUCUUGUAGUUAUAUCUGGUUCAACUGUUUAAUUGAAAGCUACCUUAGAAAUCUUAAAAGUUUGGAUAUCUGGCAGUUGUCAAACAGGUGUCAGUGAGUAUAUCCAAUACAAAGGUUUCCUGCUUUCACGGAACUUGAUUUCUGAAUAUAAUGAGAAAUUAGAUAAAAAUGCAUGGUUUUUCAGGGAUCAUUCAGAGGAGGUUUAUAAGACCUGAAAAUCCACUUACAGUAAGCUAAUGGCAUUUGAGUGAGAUUUGUACAAUUUCUGUAUAUGAUUGAGGACUGUUUCUCAUAAUAGAGAUCAGAAGCAUAAUCUAAAAACAAUAUAAUUUACACUUGUGCUAUUUAACACAAUAGAUGUACUACAAGGCUCGGGUUUAUACACCCAUGACUCCACAAAAACUUGACUACACAAAAUUUAGCCUAGGAAACUCGAGCAGAGUCUUGUGAUCUCUACUAUCAAUCAAAAUGAAAACUACAGAUGUAUGUUUUAGUCAUGAAUCUUAACAAAUCUGGUUUUAAUUAAUUACAAAUGUAUCUUAGCCAUUCUGUCCAUUUCUUGCAGAGUGUGUUGAUAGCAUUCAACUAGUAUGGUAAUUUGGAUGGAUUGCUUGAUUUAUAUAUAUGUUGAUCUGAAAGUGCUAGGUUAGAAUCAGGGUCUUAUAGAAUCUAUAUGGCUUUUGCUUGUUUGGAGUGUGCAAGGAUCAAAUGCUAUGUCCCAAUCUUGGAAAAAUCUGUGUCAUGUGUCAUGGUCUGUGUGUAAUUUAGCCAGGACUGCCACAAGACGACAGGAUAGUGGGCGUGUCAUAUGACAUUGCCUGUUACACACAUUGAAGUGUUUGUCAAACAGAAUCAAGCUAAUGGUGUUUGAAAGAGUGUACCAGUGCCAAAUGACCUGUGUAAGUGUGUGAGAAUGUUUAUGUUCUUUAAAAGUGUGGAAAGCUGUGCUAGCAUGUAUGCAAGAGUUUCCUUCCAACAUGUUUGAAGUGUUUGUCAUGAGCUUAGUGCAUUUGUAAAUGAUAGAAAAAGUGACUUGUUUUAUCAAUAUGCAAAAAGAGUUUUAGAUUGAAUCUGGUUUAGUUAACCCUGUACAGAUAUUUAUAUUACAUUAAUAUUUAUGUAUAGUUUUAUUGUGUUGUGUUUGUUAUCUACAAAAGAAUACUUUGUUGAAUUCUAUAUUUUAUCCGGUCACUUCUUCCUGACUAGUCUGUGGGCUAGGUGAGAAAUAAAUAUAAUGAAAAGCA